UAAACAAAAAAGACCGACUUCCGGUUUAGGCGUAACGUCGGCGACAUCAGUAGCAGAACUGAACAAUCGAGUCGAGUCGUUACAUACUCAUGAAAGCAUCACGUAUCUGGUUGUUCGCUUUAACCACCAGCCGGUUUCUUCCAGUUCUAUCAAUCAACAGUCUUUAAAGAAAAAGAAUGAAUCCUAACAAAGAACAAGAUCAAGAUGAAGACUUGGAGGCGGUGACCGGACUGGUCUGUCAGGAGGCUGACCUCACAGAUGGCCAGAUGAAAGUAGUCUCUGUGGCAGACCAGAAAGUGUUGCUUGUCCGCACCGAGGGUCAGUACAGUGCAGUCGGAAGUCAGUGUUCUCAUUAUAAUGCUCCUCUGGUAAAAGGAGCACUGGUUGGAAACAGAGUGAGAUGUCCUUUCCAUGGUGCUUGUUUCAAUAUUAAAACUGGUGAUAUUGAAGAGUAUCCAGGCCUGGACUCUUUGCCUUGCCAUAAGGUGACCGUUCAAGAUGGAAAGGUGUACGUUUCCGUCAAGAAAAAUAUUCUGAAGCAGUCCAAACGUGUGAAGGAGAUGUGCAGCGUUAACCCGGACAUCAAACAUACCAUCCUGCUCAUAGGAGGGGGUCCUGCAGCCUUGGUGUGUGCUGAGACUCUCCGUCAGAACUGCUACCAGGGCCGAAUCGUCAUGGUAACCAAAGAUUCUUUGCCUCCUUAUGACAAACCCAAGAUGAGUAAGGCCUUGAAUGAAAACAGCAGCAGCAUUGUCCUCCGCUCUAAUGAAUUUUUCCAACAAUAUGGAAUAGAAGUACGGACGGAGCAAGAGGCGGUGAGUGUAAACACGCAAGAUAAAGCAGUAAAGAUGAAGGAUGGCUCGUUGCUUCGUUACGACCAGCUUCUUAUCUCAACAGGCUGCAGAGCGAGGCCACUAAGUUGUCCUGGUAGUGAUCUGACUGGAGUGAAGUUACUGCAGAGGUAUGAAGACGCCAAAGACAUUCAUGCUGCCUGUCUGGGUCGCAAGGCUGUUGUCGUUGGAGCCUCCUUCAUAGGUAUGGAGGUGGCGGCCUAUCUAGCCAAAAAAGCAUCCAGUGUGGCCAUUGUUGGAACCACCAAAUACCCCUAUGAACGCUCUCUGGGGUCCCAGAUUGGCCACAUGACCAUGCAAAUGCUGGAGGAACAUAAUGUGAAGUUCUACAUGAAUGACGCCGUCGCAGAGAUCAGAGGAGAGAACGGCUUGGUGAAAGAGGUCAUGCUGAAGAGUGGUACAGUUCUGGAGGCUGAUGUGGUGAUUACAGGAAUAGGUGUGAUCCCCAAUUCCGACUUUUUAGCAGGAAGUGAAGUUGAAAUAGAUUCCAGGAAAGCAGUCGUGGUAAACAAGUUCAUGAGGACCAAUGUAGCAGAUGUUUUCAGUGCGGGUGACGUCACUUCUUUCCCUUUGACCAUUCGAGGUGAUCAACAGGUCAAUGUGGGUCACUGGCAAAUGUCACAAGCUCAUGGAAGAGUUGCUGCCCUCAAUAUCUUAAAUAUACCCACCAAAAUUGAGUCGGUUCCUUUCUUCUGGACUGUGUUGCUUGGAAAGAGUAUCCGAUACACAGGUUAUGGUGAGGGCUACACUGAAAUUGUAUUCAAAGGCAAAGUGGAGGAACGAAAGUUCCUGGCAUUUUAUAUUAAAGAUGAUGCGGUGGUGGCGGCGGCCAGUCUCAUGUUUGAUCCCGCUGUGGCUCGGCUGGCAGAACUGAUGGCAGCAGGCCAGCGCUUUACAAAAGCACAGACUCAAGCCGAAGACCUGAGCUGGCUGCAGAUGUAAGGUGUCCAAAUUGCAUUUCACCGACAAAGGACGCAGCCACCUUUCAUCCUGAUUCCAUCAUCUCACUGCGUCAGGCAUUCUGAAAGCCGGUCAAUGUCUAGCCUGCUCUUACUUACUCUUGUUAUUGUUACAGUUACAACAACAACAUUAGAAUGGAUCCACUCGAUGAGCAUGCUUGCCAUCAAUCUUGAAAUCUUCACUUGACUGAUGUACACUGCCAAUUAAUAUAUAGCAAAUAAGCCACUAAAUGCUCUCUGAAGAUGCAUUUGUUACAGUGUACUGUACUUUAUUUUGAAAAAGAUCAGGUGCAUAAAAAAAUGCCAGAAACAUUACUAAGGCAUAAUGUUUACUUUUGCUUGAAAUGAACAUAGCUUCAUGUCUCUUGCGUUACUGAUUUACAAUGGAAGGGUGAUUAUUUUACUCCAAUGUACUCUAAUGUCUAUGAUUGUUUUACCUUGUUUGUUGGUUUGUAUGCAUUGUAACUAAAUUCUUGUAAAACAGUAAACUAAAUAUGUCUAUUUAAUACUUAAAAUGCAAUGUCAUUGUAAUGUUUAAUUUCAUUAUGGUGGUGAGGUAAAAUAAAAAAUUGCUAUAUUUAUUUUA